AAGAUAUUUUAAGGUAGUUAAAUAUGAAAAGGUGAUGAUAACAUAAUGGAAAAGAAGAAUGAGAAAGAGCAUGAAUAUUUCCGAAAUAAUACUUGCUUUGAUGAUGAUGAAAAUAUAUUUAGAAAUAGUGAUGAGCGGCAUCCUGUCAUAGGAUCUCGGUCUUUGUACCAGAAUUGUUCAUUAGGAAAGCAUGGUCAACGGUUUAAUUCAACUCGUUCAAAUAUAAUUCCUCAAGGGUCACGAUAUUCAUAUUUUCCGUUAUAUCAUUGUAGAGGGAAAAAAAAAAAAUCAUCAUCCUUUUAUAAGCGUUGUUCUGAGCAAUAUUCAUAUUUACCAUUUUAUCAUACACGUUGUAAUCGUUCUCCAGAUUUUGAGUAUUUCUCAGAACAAAUAAAGAAUAAUAAUGGUAUUGAUAGAUCAGAUAAAUAUGAAAAAGAUGUAGAUGAAAAUGGGUAUACGUCAGAUUUUCCUAGAUUUGAGCCUCAUUUAGCUGUUAAUAAUGCCUUGUAUAAAUAUCAUGAUCAAUCUUUCGAUUCAUAUAUACCAAUAGGGUCUUCAAAAAUGAAUGGAACUAUAAAAAGGUCUAUGUAUUAUAAAAAUAUGUCUAAGGAGAGAUGUUGGAAUAGAUCUAAGGAUUUUUAUAAAAAUUGUACGAAAAAACUCUCCAGAUUUGAAUAUGAAAAAGAUGAUAAUUAUCGUACAAAAACUUUUAUUAAUGACUUUUCCUUGAAUAUUACAAAAAAUGUUCUUCUUGAAAAAAAUGUGGCGAAAAAAAAAGAUAUACAUAAAUAUUAUAAUAACAUUUCAACUAUUUCUUCUGGUUUGGAAGAUGGUUAUUUGGAUCAAGUAUCAAAAGAUGCAGCAUCUUUGGAAGGAAAGUCUGAAGAUGCCGUAUUUUUGGAUGAUAAUGAAUUGCAACCUUUUUUUCCACCUUCAUCUGACAUUGCUAAUGACAUUAAUAAAAGUGAUUUUGAUAAUGAUAGUCGUUUUUCUUUUUUUCCAGAUACAAAAGAAUUAGGAGUAGCUUUUGUUGAAAAUAAAGAGAAUACUCAGGAGUUGACUGAAGAAGUGCAGUUUAUGGAUCAAAAAACUUAUGAUUUUAGAAAUGCUUCGUUAGAUAGUUCUUGUGCAAUAAAUGAUGGUGCUGUAUCUCAAGAUUCUUCUCAUCAAGAAGAUAAUAGCAAUUUGGAUCAGAAAGAUAAUCAUAUUAAUAUGCAAGGAAUUAAUGAAGCAAUAUUAACAUGUGAAAAACGUUUUCACGAAAUCGAAAAUAAAUUAAAAACUAAAGUUAUUGAUGAAGACAAGAUAUUUCCUUCAAAGGUCGGGUUCCCUAAUCUUUUGCUUGGCAAUUAUUCUUCAAAUUUAGAAGCAAACGUAUGUUCAAGAAUUUAUUCCGAAAAUAAAGAAAAAGCAAAGAAGAAUUGUGUUAAAUUUUCCUACCUUAAAAUAUCGGAUAGAUCAUUUAAUGGAUAUCCCUUUUUAAAGGAGAAUGAAGUAAAACAUAAAUGCUUACGUCCAUUGUUGCUUUUGCAUAUUUCACGAAAAAAUAAAAAAACAUAUGAGAAAAAUAAAGUUCUUCUAUUACAGUAUCAAAAAUAUCAGAGUUUUUGGGAGUCCCAUGUAAAAAGGUUAGAUAAUAUAAAAAAUGCAAAAAAGAAAGAUAAUGAGCGAUACGGGUCUUUAGAUUCACACGUAGAUAAUUUAUCAUUAAGAAGUUUUAGAAGAGGACAGGGUUUAAACUACGGUGAUUUUGUUAGAUCGGAUGCCGAUUUUGAAGAUAUUAUAGCUAAAUUGGGGGUUGAAGAUGAUAGGAUUUGUCGCGCAGCAGUAAUACCUCCUAUGAUUUUAGAUCUUGAAGAAAGGGUUCGAUAUAAAUAUGAUGAUAAAAAUAGAAUAGUUAAUGAUCCUAUUUCUUCUUUUCAUUAUCCUACUUCUAUAGAUACUUGGACAGCAGAAGAACAUAUGCUUUUUAAGGAAUUAUUUAUUAAAUAUCCUCAAAAGAAUUUCGGUUUGAUUGCUUCUAGUAUCCCAAAUAAAACAAUUUCUCAAUGUGUUUUGCAUUAUUAUCGUACCAAGAAACAGGAAAAUUAUAAAAGUUUGAUAAUGUCGAGAAAUUCUGAUAGAAUAAAGAAAAGGGGAAGAGGUCGUUCGUCAAAAAAGAUGGAAAAGGCUAAAGUUUCUUCACUUUUGGCAGAUCUUCAGCCUAAGAUGAUAAAUGAUGAUAUAGAUGACUAUGAAAAGGAUUAAUUUAUACGAAAUUAAAAAUUAGUUUUACUAAAAAUAAAAUCCUUUU